AUGUCUUCUCCCAUGCCCCUCUCCACCAAGAUCGCCCACAUCACGGCGAUCGAAGCCGGAGCCGAGAAGGCCUUCGUCAAGCCGGACCCCCAUCUCGACAACGCCGUCGCCAGCACCGCCCGCCACGGCAUGCCGGCCAUCCAGGUGUCCCCCCUGCAGGGCCAGCUCCUCGCCAUCCAGGCGCGCCUCGUCGGCGCCAAGACCGUCCUCGAGGUCGGCGCCCUCGGCGGCUACUCCACCAUCUGCCUGGCCCGGACCGGCGCCCGGGUGACGAGCGUCGAGAUCGACGCCAAGCACCGCGACGUCGCCCGCGAGAACCUCGCCGCCGCGGGGCUCGAGGCCGACUUCAUACUCGGCGACGCCAAGGACGUCCUGCCGCGGCUGGUAAGCGAGGGGCGCGUGUUCGACAUGGUCUUCAUCGACGCCGACUGGGGCGUGCACGCGGAGUACUUUGGCUGGGCGGUGCAGCUGACGCGCAAGAACGGCUGCAUCUUUGUGGACAAUGUCGUGCAGGAGCUCAUUACCUGUCAUGGCGGUGACGUCGGCGAGGGCACGCUCGUGGCCAGGAUCGGCAAGGAAUCGAAUGUGACGGCGACGCUGGUGCCCAAGAUCAAUGGCAAGGAGGGCGUGGUGGACAAUGCCUUGAUUGACGGGUUCGUUCUGGCCAUUGUUCACUAG